CUUCGGAAUUUUCUCUGAUUCCGACGACCAGCCAACUACUCACAUUAAACGCAGACAAAUCCCAAGGCCAAGACCUAUUUAUAUUGGGUUAUUUGAUCGUUUUCUCGAAGAAAUUUGAAAGGGGGUUGUUGGGUUUCUUUAAGGAUGCAAGUGGGUUCUGCUUUGUCUCUGUCUCCGAGCUUCAGUUCCAAUCGUUGCUCCGGCGACGGGUUUGCGGAGAUUUCAGGAAAAUUCUGUUAUGAUUUUGUGUCUAAGAUGAAAUUGGAAGAGGAGAGCUUGGAGAAUCAGCUUGAGAAGGAGCAGGAGCUGAGUAAGGAACAAGAGCUGGAAGAAAGAGAGGAUGAAGGGGAAGAGGAAGAGGAAGGGGAAGAGGAAGGGGAAGAGGAAGAGGAAGAGGAAGAGGAUUUCUCCUUUGUUUGCUUGAAUCCAGAAGGAUCCCCGGUUUCUGCUGACGACGCGUUCUUAAACGGCCAGAUCCGGCCGGUUUUCCCGUUAUUCAACCAGGAUCUGCUCUUUGCCGACGCCGCCGCCGCCGACGGUGUAUCUCCGUCCAAGUCCGUGGACGGUACCGUCCCUCUAAGGCCUCCGUUGAGGAAACUAUUCGUCGAAGGACAUGAUUCAACGACCUCUUCGUCGGAACCGGAUGGACCAUACUGCGAGUGGAAGGGUAAAACAGUGGAGGACGCGUCGCCGGUUUCGUGUAAGAAGAGCAACUCGACGGGGUUCUCGAAGCUAUGGAGGUUCCGAGAUUUUGUGCACAGGAGCAACAGUGACGGAAAGGACGCGUUUUUCUUCCUGAACCAUUCGCCGCCGACGAAAACCACCGUCGAAAAAAACGAAAAGCCGAAGGCAAACCCAGAGAAGGAAAAGCCGAAGAAAGUGAAGGGGAGUAAAGCGGCGGCGUCGGCGGCGGAGAAGCAUUACGUGAAGGGCAAGGCCAUCCGGGAAGUCGAAAAACGGAAGUCUUAUUUGCCGUACAGGCAGGAUUUGGUUGGGUUUUUCACCAACGUGAAUGGGUUUAGUAGAAAUGUCCAUCCUUUUUAGGGAUAAUUAAUCGAAAUUUGGUAUUCAAUUAAUUUAUUUCUUAGUUCUUUUCUUUUGUGUUUAGGCUAAUUUUGCUUUCUUGUAUAAAUUGGAGCAAAGUAAUCCCAGAUUAAUUUAGGGAUUGAAGUUGAAUCCACUAUCUUUGUAAAUGCAUUGCUUAUCCUUUAAUGCUCUUGUUACAUUUAGAGCAAGAAAGGACUUAAAUUUUACUCUCUUUUUUCCCACCUUUUUAAAAAGAGUG